AACGAGCUUUUUGCCUCACGUGGUUGCUUGGACACAAGGGGGAAAGAUGGAGGAGAAGAACAACCAGAAGCAACAUCGCAAGAAACACAGCGGGCCCAAGGCUGGCAAGAAAAAGAAGCGCCAUUUGAAAGAUUUAGGAAUUGAAGAUGAAGAGGAUGCCAGGAAGAGAAACCCCAAGGCUUUUGCGGUCCAGUCUGCAGUGCGCAUGGCCAGAUCGUUCCACAGGACCCAGGAUUUGAAAACCAAAAAACAUCACAUUCCGGUGGUCGACCGGACUCCCUUGGAGCCCCCUCCAGUGGUGGUGGUCGUGGUGGGCCCUCCCAAGGUUGGGAAAAGCACCUUGAUAAGAUGCCUCAUUAAGAAUUUCACAAGGCAGAAGUUAGUCGACAUUCAAGGCCCUGUAACCAUUGUGUCAGGUAAAAAACGUCGGCUAACCAUAAUUGAAUGUGAGUGCGACAUCAACGUGAUGAUUGAUCUUGCCAAAGUUGCCGAUCUGGCUUUGAUGCUCAUCGACGCCAGUUUUGGAUUUGAAAUGGAAACCUUUGAAUUCCUGAACAUCUGCCAGGUCCACGGUUUCCCCAAAAUCAUGGGCGUUCUGACCCACCUGGAUAGCUUCAAAAACAACAAGCAGCUCAAGAAGACCAAAAAGAGAUUAAAGCACCGGUUCUGGACCGAGGUCUACCAGGGUGCCAAAUUAUUCUACCUUUCCGGGAUGGUGCACGGAGACUAUCAAAAGCAGGAAGUCCACAACCUGGGGCGGUUUAUUUCUGUGAUGAAAUUCCGCCCCCUGACUUGGCAGACAACUCAUCCCUACAUCUUGGCGGACAGGAUGGAAGAUUUGACAAACCCAGAGCUUAUCAGGGUUAAUCCGAAGUGUGACCGGAAAGUUUCCCUUUAUGGUUAUCUGAGAGGAGCCCACUUGAAAAACAAAAGCCAAAUACACAUGGCAGGUGUCGGGGACUUCACGGUGAGCGAUGUCAGCUUCCUGCCAGAUCCCUGUGCUCUUCCUGAGCAUCAGAAGAAACGAGGCUUAAACGAGAAGGAGAAGCUGAUCUACGCCCCCCUCUCAGGGGUUGGGGGCUUGGUGUACGACAAAGAUGCCGUGUAUAUUGACCUCGGGGGAAGCCACUCCCAUCGACAGAGGGAGCGACGUAAAAAAGACCCGGAGCUUGCGGUACUCACCGAAUUGCCCGCGUUUGCGGACAGCGACGACGAUCUUGAGAAGAGUUCAGAGGAUGGAGAAAGAAAUGAGCUUGGAGAGGCCGAUGGAAACGAAGAGGAAGAGGAAGGAUCAGGUUCCGAAUCUAGCGCCGGAAACGCGGCCCGGUUUAGUAGACCUUUGUCGACAGACCAAGAGAUGAAGAAGAGCAGAAGGCUGGCUAAAAAAGCAGCUGAAAACGGGAGCCCUGUAAGGGCAUCAAGAUCAGAGAGAGGUAGACCUUCAUCCUCCAAUGAAGAAGAUACCUCAGAGGAGGAGGAGGAGGAGGACCUCAAGGCCUUGGACCAGGAAGAGACUCAACCGGAAAGCGCCGACAAUAAAAUGCAAGAUUCUGGGUCGCUGAAGAAUGAAGAUGACGUGGAAGAUCUGUUGAAGGAGGACGAAGACUAUAAAGAGGCAUCUGGUUUUCCUUCAGAAACAGUCGGGGCUCUGAAGUGGAAAGAAGGCCUCAGCCAGAAGGCAGCCGAAGCCUUUUUGAGACAGCAACAGGCCGUUCCGAAUCUCCGCAAACUUGUUUAUGGAACAGUGGCCGAGGACGAGGAGGAGGAGGAGGAUGAAGGAGAAAGAGAGGAAGAACUCGGAGGGUUGUUUCGCGUCAGUCGUCCUGACAAAGAAUCGAAACGAAAGAUUGAUGCUCUGGAUUGCUCCAAAUUUCCCGUGGAAGCCGCGCAAGACUGGGACUCGGACGAGGCGAUGGACAGCAUCCGUGACUGUUUCGUGACCGGAAAGUGGGAAGCGGACAAAGAUGCCGAAAAAUUGUUGAAAGAAGAUGAAGAAAUAUACGGCGAUUUUGAAGACCUCGAGACGGGAACCAUGUAUAAAGGCAGAUCAGCUGAUCAAGAACAUGAGGCGGCCAACGAAGGAGAAGAGGACAACGAAGGAAAGAACGACAAAGGGGCAGAAGAGGAAGAAGAGCAGAAGAAACGCAUCGCCAAGAAGCGUAAGCUGAAAGAGAUGUUUGAUGCCGAGUACGACGGAAAUGCCACCUACUUCGAUGACUUGAAAGAGGAGCUGCAGAAGCAGGCUCAGCUUAACAGACUCGAGUUUGACGACCAAGACGACGAAACCCGAAUCCAGUACGAGGGAUUUCGGCCGGGGAUGUACGUCCGGAUAGAACUGGAGAACGUCCCGUGUGAACUGGUGCUGCAUUUCGAUCCACGCUAUCCAAUUGUGCUGGGCGGCCUCGGCAACACGGAAGGGAACGUGGGCUACGUGCAGAUGCGGUUGAAGAAGCAUCGCUGGUACAAGAAAAUCCUCAAAACCCGCGAUCCUCUGAUUCUGUCUCUAGGCUGGAGGCGGUUCCAGACAGUUCCUAUGUAUUACAUAGAGGACCACAACGGUCGUCACAGGCUACUAAAAUACACGCCACAACACAUGCACUGCGGAGUAACUUUCUGGGGCCAGGCCGAUUUCCGGAUAGCUGCAACCGGAGUGGUGCUGGACUUGGAUAAGUCUCUAAGGAUUGUGAAGAAAUUAAAGUUGAUCGGCUUCCCUUUCAAAAUCUUCAAGAAUACGGCUUUUAUUAAGGGGAUGUUUAAUUCCGUGCUGGAGGUGGCUAGGUUUGAAGGCGCAGCCCUCCGCACGGUGAGCGGCAUCCGGGGACAGAUCAAGAAAGCCCUCAGGACCCCGGAGGGGGCUUUCCGAGCAACGUUUGAAGACAAGUUACUGAUGAGCGCGCAAAAUGAACCGAUAACGCGGGCGAAGAAACACUUCAACAAGCUGCAUAUUCCCAAAGCCCUCCAGAAAGCCUUGCCGUUUAAGAAUAAGCCCAAGUUCCAAGAAAGGAAAAAGAAAGUCACCAAGGACAAGUGGAGACCGGCUGUCAUCAGGGAGCCGCACGAAAGAAAGGUCGCCGCGCUUCUCUCGGCCCUGGGCACGGUACACAACUACAAGUUGCGGAAAGAUAAGGCACAGCACCGCCAGCAGGUUAAACAGCACCAGAAGGUGAAAGAGAAAGAGGAAGAAGCAAAGUUGAAGAGGCAGAAGGAAGCCAAGAAGAAGCUUUUCCGUAUUAUUGGACAGAGGGAGAAGAAGAAGCAAAAAUCCAGCCUGAAGGGCCGGGCCGAAAAAGAGUAAGCAGCUUAAAAAUGAGAAACAGUUGGCAGUCUUCCACACGAGCAUCCAAAACAACCAAACCAGUUCUGGAUUGGAGAUUUACAUUCUGGAAAACGUGACGGAACACUGCCAUUGGGUUCUAGAUCAGUCUAGUCUGGAGAAGGCAUGGACCCCUCGGAGAAGAUUCUGUAAUGUUCUGUUAACGGCGCGAGGGAAUUUUUUUCCCCACGAUCUGCCAAUGCCUUUCUAAGCACCUGUCAGUAAAAACUGAGAUGCUGGAUCCUUGAGUUGACCGAUGAACAAAGAUCUAAAAAAAUAUUCCAGCUUGGUUUUCUGGAUUUGAAGGGACCGUGCAGUUUGGGAAGGGCAAUUUGACCGGAGCUGAAAAGAGCCAUCCGGUGUAAAUUGUCUUGGAUAAUGCCUGUUUCGCAUCACGUUGAGAUAAUCGUAAAUAAUAUU